AUGGAUCAAUCUGAAGAACCACUUGAUUUAAGAACUGGAUGCAGCAGUUCGUCUCAGGUUUUGGAAAGCUAUGAAAAUAAACACGAGCAUUAUGUGAAACGGAGACCAACAUAUUUAGAAUUAGAAUUUGGGCGUUUUGUCCGAAGAUUAACUCACGAGUUACUCGAUCCUGAUCUUUCAAUUACUCAACAAUCACAAGAACAUUUAACUCAAAUAGAAGAGGCUUGUAAAACCUCAUUUCCUCAAUUUGAUUCACGUCAAAUCAGAUUAAAAAUACGUGGUCAGCUGAAACUGUAUAGACGUAAUUUGAACAAAGUGAAUAAGAAUAUAUCAACAUCUGGUCAAUCCACUCUAUCCCUAAAAUCAACUGUUAUUUCUUCUUUAGCAUCUCUUCCAUCGACUAAUCAUUUAAUUCCAAGUGACAAAGUAGUUUUUCAACAACAAUCAAAUACAUCACUUUCAUCAAAUUUCAAUGACCGAUUCAAUAGAAGUCCUGUUAACUAUGAAUUAAUUAACUUCAUUCAACAAAUGAGUGAAGAAUAUAAGUGUGAAGCGAAAAAUAAGGAGAGAUCAAUAAAUACAUCCAAAAAUGAUGAUAAUGUUCAGCUGUUUAAAUUUAAAGACAAUUUAUCUACCCAAAGUGAUAUAGUUGGGCUAGUUACAGCACCAGAUGCCUUCACAGGAAAGCCAAUAUCAUCUAACUCGACAUCGAACUCAAGCAUGUUAAACAUACUGUAUCCAGUUUCAGGGAAUACAGAUAGUAUGAUAUCCAAAAUGGAACUUAAUCAAAUAAACGCAACAUCCAACACUUCUGUAGAUAAUAAAAAUGAUAAUAAUAUAAAUAUGAUAAACACUGAAUAUGUCUAUUUACCAAAUAAUUCUAUCUCAAAUAUUCCUUUUAUUUAUCCAAUGUCUUUUACUCAACCAUCAUUAAUCUAUCAUUUAAAACAUAAUGAAUCGAAUCCAAUCAAUUCAACUUGUACAACUGAUUUGUCAAAUACAACAAAAUAUUUAGAGCCAGCAGUUUCAAAUAUUACAACUGGUAUAGUAUCCAUGUCGUCUACAACUACACCAUUGUCAGUCUUCUCAACACCAAAUACUAUUACCAGUCUGUUAGCUUUAUCUCUACGUGCAAGUGCAAGUCAUCUUAUUCAAACUGCUAGAUUAUAUAAAAUGUUCAUUCAACCUAUUCAAAGCAUCAGUGAUAAUCACCAGUUAGGAAUUUUAAAUUCUCAAUAUAUAAAUAAUAUAUUUCAUGGUAUUAAUCAUCCACCAGAACUAGAAGACCUAACGAAUAUCCCAUUAAAUCUUGAACAUAAACUAUCCAAAACCAAUUUACAACCGAAAUAA